AUGUACGGCGUAGAACAUGGCGUCUCGCGGGUUGUCCGCCACAAGGAGUUCUACAUCCGCGGCGGUGACAUGACGGUCCUCGUCGAGAACCACCUGUAUCGCAUACACUCGUACUUCUUCGAGCGUGAAUCCCUGUUUUUCCGUAACAAAUUUGCAACCGCAUCCGAGAGCGGCGAGGAUCGCCUGGGCGCCUCGGAGGAGGCGCCAUACUCGCUGGAGGACGUCAAGAGCGAGGACUUUGCCCGGUUUCUUUGGGUGUUCUACAACCCCAAAUACGGGCAGUACGAUGCACCACUCGAUUGGUGGCUGAGUAUACUUCACCUCGCCACCCGGUGGCAGUUCGACGGUGUCAAGGAGCUCACCAUCGCCGCGCUCGAGCAGAUCGAGAUCGAGGGCGUCGAGAAGAUCGCCAUCUACCACAACUACAACAUCAACAAGCACCUCCUCGUUCCUUCUUACAUGGCCGUAUGUCGGCGGGAGAAGCCGCUCUCACUUAUGGAAGGCUCCAAACUCGGCAUGGAGACUGUCCUCCGCAUCGCCGAGGCGCGCGAGCGUCUCCGCCAGCAGGCGAUGGAGAGCGGCGUCCGCUCGCCGACGUACGAGGACUUUGGGGACGACGAGACCGAGAAGCUCGUCCGCGAGCUCUUCCAGGUCACCGGCCGCUCGCCGACGGUCCCCUCGACGAGCAACAUCAACCCCAACUACGGCGGUAGCGGCGGGGCAGCGCCGUCCUCGCCUGAAUAUGGCUCCGUUUCGAGCGACAAGGGCGGGCGCGGCAACGGCUCGCGGUCCGUCAGCAUGGACGUCCGGACACCGUCGCCCUCGCCCGGCCCGGCGCCGCUCCAGACGAACAUGAAGAACACGUCCAGCGGCCCGCAAUCGUUCACCGGCUCCGGCAUGAUGAUGUCCAAGGAGCCCUCGGAGGGACCCUCGCUGUUCGGGCCUAGCUCAAACGGCGGCGGCCCCAACUCUAUCUUCCAGGUCGGCCCCAACGGCAGGUCGCGGCAAUCUACUGGUGAGCACGCACCGGUGAACUAA